ACUAGACAGAAAUAAAAUACAUUUUGAUCUCCAAUCAAUAUUUGCUAGUUUAGUUGAAGAACAUCAAGCCCUUCUUUGUCAGAAGCUAUGAAACCAUAUAUGAGAAGCUUCGAUGAGGACAUAGAAGAAGCCAAGCCUUUGUGGCAACAUUACAAAGCUACAAAAAGUCCCAAGAAAAUGUCAGGGCUGAAGCUAUGGAGGUGGACUGGUUCACCAGUAUUACCAGUGACAUCAUUUCACCGUUCUGUGUUCGGUGUCACUGGCGCCUGUCUAAAUCAUUGGACCAAUUUCCAUCACUUACUAUCAAGAAAAUGGGUCUUGCGGAGCUUCUCUUUGGCCGGAAUCUUUACGGAUCCUUUGUUCUUGUACAUUCUGGUGAUCAAUGAUCGCAAAAAGUGCCUGGGACUGGACAAGAACUUGGGGACAGCACUGAUUUUUGUCCGGUCUUUCUUUGAUUUCUUUGAUUUCGUGUAUAUUAUUUUUCGACUGCAUGCUUACUCUCUUCGUAAGCUCAGUAGAACAGGUUUUUCAAGCGAUAAAUCCCGGAAAACUGCAAGGAAAUAUUUCCUGUAUGACUUUCCCAUUGACUUUCUCUCAAUUCUUCCACUCCCACAGGGAGUGAUCUGGGUUCUGAUAAGAGGCUCGAAAAUUCAGAACCCAAUGAAGUUACUGCAAUAUAUUGUUAUUUUCCAAUAUGUCCCGAGGUUAAUUCGGAUUUUCCCAUUAUUCAGAAAAGUCAAAAAAGCUUUCAGGAAUCUUUAUGACUCUACAGUCACCAAAGUAGCCUUUAACCUUCUUCUUUACAUGCUUGCAAGCCAUGUUUAUGGAUCUUUAUGGUACUUUUUGGCUAUAGAAAGAGAAACAGUUUGCUGGAGGAGAGCCUGUGUAAAUCACCCUGGAUGCAGUCAUAUUUCCCUUUACUGUCGUGAGAAUGUGGGAGACUUCACUUUUUUAAACAGUUUAUGCCCAACAAAACAGCCAAAUGCUACAGUGUUUGAUUUUGGAAUUUACCAUGAUGCUCUUCAGUCUGGCAUUGUAGAGGUGACAGAUCUUCCCCAGAAGUUUUUAUAUUCCUUCGUAAGGGGCCUGCAAAUCCUCAGUUCUUUAGGUCAAAACCUUCGGACGAGUUCCUACAUCUGGGAAAACUUCUUUGCAGUUUUGGUAAUCCUUUCUGGCUUGAUGUUCUUUCUCUAUCUGAUUGGAAAUAUGCAGAUAUACCUACAGUCGAGAACUGCGAAAGCAGAAGAGAUGAGAUUAAAGGGACAAGAGAUAGAACAGUGGAAGGGUUUCAGAAAGCUCUCAGAUAAUCUUCAACAGAAGGUCAGGAAAUACAGACAAUAUGUAUGGAGAGAAACCAGAGGUGUUGACGUUGAAAAUUUGAUUAAAAAUCUUCCCAGGGACCUCAGAAGUAGAGUCAAGAGUGAACUGAGCUUAGAUUUGCUCAAGAAAGUACCACUGUUUGAAAGCAUGACUGAAUCACUUCUGAAUGACUUAUGCGACCGACUGAAGCCGAUGCUGUACACAGAGGACAGUUACUUCGUUCGGGAAGGCCACCCAGUCGACGAGAUGCUGUUCGUCAUGCAAGGCAAGCUUUCAAGCGUGGCAACUGACGGAGGAAGAGCAGGCUUCUACAACGCUCACUAUGUCAGAGACGGCGACUGCUUUGGAGAUAUACUCAUCUCCUGGGCACUGAAUCUUCAGUCCUCCAACGACCUCCCCAUCUCAACAAGAACAGUCAGAGCCCUCACUGAAGUUGAAGCCUUUGUUCUCAAGGCUGAUGACUUGAAGUUUGUGGUCUCUCAAUUCAGGCCUGCCACUAAACAUCAAGAGCAUUUGUAUAGCUACUACGCUGGUCCGAAGAGAUCUGACGCAGCCCAGUUGAUACAGAAGGCUUGGCACAAACAUAAGAGAAGGAAGCUUGAAGAAGCUCUCCCGGACGAAGAAGAGAUUCGGUUGCAUUUGCAAGAUGAAUGGUUUAAGCCUAGUGGAAAUUCGUCUCGUUCGCAUGCAAGCUCUUCUGAUGAAUCCUUGUUUCUAGAUUUGGAUCCUCAUACCUCUAAUUUUACUUACUAUAAUUUUACUUAAUCUGUAAAAGGAUGUAAAUGCACAUGCCAGUUUCAACGUAGGAUUAUUUAUUUUUCAUUUUUACCAUAAAAAAUAUAACAGUAAUGUGUACUAAAUGCAUUUGAAUUUGGGCCA